AUGGUCCAGAUAGAUGAUAAUUACCCAACGCCAACAUCUGUCUCUCAAAAAUCCACUGUCGCCCUGUUGGUAAGACCCAGUCCAUCCAGUCGCUCAGAGAAACCAACGCCAAUCCAAUCUGGAAUUCUUGAUACCAACCUCCACCUAGGAUUUCUUGGACGUCACCUUCUCCAAGGUCUUCCAGCCAGAUACACCUCCCAAGAUGCCUCUCAGCCCUGGCUGCUCUUCUGGUCUCUCCAAAGCCUGAGCUUACUCAAAGUCGAAUUAGACCAAGGCAACAAAGACAAGGCCGCUGAAGGCAUUCUUGCGAUGCAGAACCCCAACGAGGGUGGAUUCGGAGGUGGACCAGGCCAGGCAGCGCAUUUAUUACCAACAUACGCGGCUAUCUGUACAUUGGCUAUUGUUGGUGCCCCGGAUCCAUCAUCGAAACCUGAUAGUGACAGCGUCAAGUCGAUUACGCCGUGGACGCGGAUCGACAGGCGUGCGUUGUAUAGGCUAUUUCUCUCCUUAAAACACCCAGACGGCUCGUUCCGCGUAUCGUCGAAUGGAGAAGUCGAUGUGAGGGGUGUGUAUUGUUUGUUGGCUGUAGCGAAAUUGUUGAAUAUGAUGACUGAGGAGUUGGUUAGAGGGACAAAAGAAUGGGUGAGAGGAUGUCAGACGUAUGAAGGCGGUUUUGCUAGUGCUGCGAUAGGUAUCGGCGAGGGUCGGUGGGCUCCGUUAGGUGAAGCUCACGGAGGGUACACGUUUUGUGCAUUGGCUGCUUGGGUUUUGCUCGAACUCGAGUUCCCUUCCUCAUCAUCAUCAUCGGAAAAGAAAUUGAACUUCAGGAACCUCCGACGAUGGCUAGUCCAAAUGCAGGGUGGGGAGGAUGAAUUAUACGGAUUCAGAGGAAGAACGAAUAAGCUGGUGGAUGGAUGUUAUUCAUGGUGGGUUGGUGGGUGUUUUGCGCUUCUAGACAAGCUGGAAGAACGCGAUGGAGAUGUGAUAUGGAAUCCUGAGGGGCUGAAAGAAUAUAUAUUGUACGCUGCCCAACAUCCAGCUGGUGGAUUGAGAGAUAAGCCUCCGAAGUCACCAGAUAUGUAUCACACACUAUAUAAUCUCGCAGGGCUUUCAUCUGCCCAAUACGCAUCUCAACCACAAACAUCCUCCCCUACUUCUUCGGAUCAAUCAUCACCAUCAUCGUCCUCUUCUGAAUCGCCAGCACCCGCACAAGGGGCACCCUCCGACUCGUCCAUAACAUCAUCAACACCUUUAUCUUCAUCCUCAUCCUCCUCCACCGUUUCUGAUUCCGCUUCGUCUACACAAGCGCAACCUUCCUCGACUCCCAGAGCAACACCAACCACGCCGAAGACUGCUGCUUCUCUUCCUCCUGCCAUCACAUUGAAUGGCACCGACCCGCUGUUCAACCUAACCAAAACUCAUGCGGAGGCGAUGAUGAAGUGGUUCAGGGAGGAGGAGAGGGAAGAUUUUCGGUAG